AUGACGUCGCUCACUGGUGGCUCCCUUCCACUUCACGAUGCCGUGGACACACUGACUCACGCGCUAAAAACACAGAGGCCAUUUAUUAACAGGGGGAAGCGCCCCCAUUGCUGCCCCAACACACCGCAGUCUUACCCCCCAACCCCCACCGCGCACCAUCCGAUCGAGGCAUUUCUCACCACGUCGCUCGCUUCAAAGAGCAGUCCUCCGGCGCGCGCCUCCGCGAAUCUCUCCACAACGCGUGAUCCUAGCUUCUGGAUCCCGCGCCGCCAGCUGUACAGCACGAUGGCCCACUACGUCGACAAGGCCGUCCAAACCCAUAUAGAGGGCCUCACUCGAGACCCCGACGCUCGUCCGGCCGCUCUCUGUCCGCCUACAGAUACCACGACUCCGCCCGCCGAGACGGUCGUUCAGAAACUCCAGUUACACACUGGAGACCCACCUACAAUCUCCAAGACGGACCCCUCCCCCGACGCCGACGACACCAACAUGUCCCCCAGUCAGGUCUUUUCACGCAAGAACCGGCCACGGCUCGUCGCACGUAUAUCCCUACCAGCCUUCGAGUUCGACGCCGAAACGCCUCUCUCGCCGCCGCCGACCCAUGCAGUCCUCUCUCCACUGCCCGCCGCGAACAAGCUGCAUGCCGGUCACACCCCGAUCAUACCACGGGCCCUAUCCCCCAUACAGCACUACAAAUCGAGCGGCCCAUCCACCCCCGACCAGGAGGAGGGACUAAGCGGGCCGCUCACACUGCCUCCUCAGCCUGGCGACGGUGCCGAGGACACGAUUCCGCUAAACGUCCUCAACGCGGAACUAGAAAAGCUUCGCAUAGAGCAGGAGAUGGAAGAGCGGCAGAAAGGGCCAACUGCAGUCGUGUCCGACCUCUCUCCGGAACUCAAUAGACUGAGCACCAAGAGCUCCGAAAAUGAGGGCAGCCAACGCAGCCGGAAAAGCUCAGACGACGUGGUAGUCGUCGACGGCGUCAUUCUCAAGAAGCCCAAGAUGAACUUGGGCGCGCCCCUGGGUCAGGCAUAG